UUUGUUUACGUCGGUUGGUAAAUAAAGAUACUCGGUUGGUGUCUGUUCUGAUGGGAGGUAACAUUUAGUGGACGCAAGCUAACCGAGACAUCACUUUUGUUAAAGGGAAGAGUACUAUAUCCUAUUGAUGAAUAAUAGAACAAGAUAUAUCAAGAAAAUGGAUACAAAUGAAUCAAAACAUGAUAGAAAAAGUGAGUUAAAAGCCUUUGAUGACACAAAAUCUGGUGUCAAAGGACUUGUUGAUGCAGGAGUAAGUAAAGUCCCUCAGAUAUUCAUUUCACCUCCAGAUACAUACUCAAAUUCCAACACAGGACAGUUCAUUUUUCCAGUUAUAGACCUCCAAGAUAUGGAUAGUCACGAUCAAAUCAAUCGAAAAAAAGUCAUUGAGAAAGUCCGCGAUGCAUCAGAGACAUGGGGUUUCUUUCAAGUGAUCAAUCAUGGCGUUCCGUGUGAUGUUAUGGAAGAAAUGAUACGAGGUGUUUGUAGUUUUCAUGAACAAGAUACUGAUAUCAAGAAGCAAUGGUAUACGCGAGAGUUGACUAAAAGAGUAGUUUAUAACAGUAACUUUGAUUUGUAUAAUGCACCAGCAACUAAUUGGAGGGAUACUUUUUUCUGCAUUAUGGCUCCUAAUCCUCCUAGUCCUGAAGAAUUGCCUCCAAUCUGUAGGGAUAUCAUUGUUAAAUACUCUGAGGAAGUGAAGAAACUCGGGCGUUCUUUGUUUGAACUAUUAGCAGAAGCACUUGGACUCAAUAGAAACUAUCUGAAUGAAAUGGAUUGUGGUGAAGGACUUUCAGUUGUAUGUCACUAUUAUCCAGCUUGUCCAGAACCAGAACUAACAUUAGGUGCUAGUAAACACGCUGAUGAUGGAUUCUUGACUUUGCUUCUUCAAGACCAUAUAGGGGGAUUGCAAGUUCUUCAUCGAAAUCAUUGGGUUGAUGUCCCUCCUACCCCUGGUGCUCUUGUUGUAAAUAUUGCAGAUCUUCUGCAGUUAAUAUCAAAUGACAAGUUUAAAAGCGUUGAACAUCGUGUACUGGCAAAUCGUGUUGGUCCAAGGAUAUCGAUAGCAUGCUUCUUCUCCACAUUUUUUCUAGAAGCGUCAAGACUUUAUGGUCCUAUUAAGGAGUUGUUAUCAGAAGAAAAUCCGUCAAAAUACAGAGAAACAACAAUUCAGGAAUAUGCUGCCUAUUUUACUGCAAAGGGACUUGAUGGGACUUCUGCUCUGCAACAUUUUCGACUUUAAACUAUCUUUUCAUUUGUCUCUUCAUGCUACUUAUUCAAAGUAAUAUAUGUCAUAUUGUAACAGAUAUUAGUAUAGAUAAUCACUAUUUAUGCAUUGUAAUCUUCAAGUUUCAAUGAAUCUCAUAGUUACUUUCUUGGUUAUUUUGAAAUACCGAUGAUGUGUUUCCUCUU